AUGUCUGGAAUCACGAAAGUAGCGUUGGCAGGAGCAUCUGGAAAUCUUGGCCCAGCAAUUCUUGAUCAACUUAUUAAAGCCGGCUUCCAAGUCACUGUUCUUACCCGACAAUCGAGCACUCACAAAUUUCCAUCUCCUGUUACAGUCAAGGAAGUCGACUACGACUCCCUCAAAUCACUCACCAAUGCUCUUACAGGACAGGAUGCCGUUGUAUCCACUCUCGCCUCAGCCAGUUUAGACAAACAGAUUCUUCUCGUUGAAGCAGCAGUUAAAGCUCACGUUAAACGCUUCAUUCCUUCCGAGUUUGGAUCCGAUACAUCUAGAGAAAAUACUGGCGCCUUGCCAGUUUUCCAACCUAAAAUUGCUGUCCAGAAUGCUCUCAAGAAGCAUGUUUCUAGCGAGUUUUCAUACACUCUAGUGGCGAAUGGUGCAUUUCUUGAUUGGGGCUUGUCAGUUGGAUUCGUUAUGAGCGCGAAGGGAAAAAGCAUCACACUUUAUGAUGGUGGUAAUCGAACUUUCAGUGCCACCACACUCCCAGACGUCGGGCGAGCUGUAGUUGGUAUACUUAAGCACCUAGAAGAGACAAAGAAUCGUGCGGUCUAUAUUCAAAGUUACGCAACUACCCUCAAAAAUCUCGCGGAGAUUGGAAAGAAGGUCUUAGGAUCAGAUGGUUGGACCGAGAAUGUUGCGUCAGUUGAUGAUAUCGUAGCCGGUGCAUGGGAAGAAUUGAAGAAACCACAGCCAGACCCGCAAAAUUUCGCCAUGCCAUUCAUCAUUGCUGCGAUCUGGGGUGAGGGAUAUGGAUCGCAUUUCGAGGCCUAUCAUAAAUUGGACAAUGAACUCUUGGGAAUAAAACAAUUGAGUGAGCAUGAAUUGGAGGAAUUGAUUAAGAGUUUGGCAUAG